AUUGCAUAGUGACAAUGCGCCGUUACUUCGUUUAUGUGCUUUAUUGAAAAACUUUCUGUCGUAUCAGAAAUUUUGAGAAAAAUCGGCUUACUUCUACGCAGUAAAAUGUCAUACGCUAUAAUUGAACGAGAUAUAUUGUGAUUCCAGUUUGAAAACAUGACGCACUCAAGCAUUUCCAUAGAGUCGGAAUGCUCGGCUACGAGUCGGUCAAAUUCAGAUUUGUGUGACUGUUCAUCAUUGGAAGGAUCAGUAUCGCUCCCCAAGCGAGCCACAUACUCCGAUUUUUCGCGCAAUGGAAACAGAGGAAUAGUUAGCGAAGGGGAUUCGUUGUGGUGCGCCGAAUACGCGCAGGACAUCUUUUCCUACCUACGUCGAAUCGAGAACACGCGUAGAGCGAUUAUGUACAGAUCGCCCCAGAUCUAUUAUCGAGCAAGCUUGAUAGCAUUAAUUAAGAGAAUCGCCGAAACAGAGAAGUUGGGACGGACCACUGUUCACUUAGCUGUUUACAUGCUCGACGUAUUCAUGGAUACAUAUAAAAUUGUAACAACUAAACUGAAUUUAGUGGCAUUCGUGUGCCUUUUGGUCGCCGCGAAAAUUGAAGAACGCGAUCAAAAUAUACCGAAAAUAUGCACCCUCAACUCUUACACAAAUGAUCAGUACACACGCACUGAUUUCAAAUCUUUAGAACGUAUGAUUUUAAGUUUUUUCAACUGGGCCGUACUAGUGCCAACAACAGCCACAUUCAUCGAAAGUUAUGUACACGAUUCAGUUACUUCUGAAGAGAUACCCGAAUCAUUACUCAAAUGUGAGUUUGGGCAUAGUUCGCGAAUGGAACCUGAAGAAUGUGCAAUAAAAAAUGUCAGCGAUACAUGCAAAAGUUUAGUUUUAGAAUUUUUAGAAGUCACAUUGUGUGAACGGCGGCUCGUUCAUGUAAAGCCUUCGUUACUAUCAGCCGCCUGCUUAGCUGCCUCCCGUAAACUUUGUGGAAUUAACACAAUCUGGCCUCAACGCUUGCAAACUUUGACGGCAUACAGCUAUGAAAUGUUACAAGAGUACGUUGAGUCGUUGCUAUGUCUACGGAAUUAUCAGAAUCAAAAGUCCAUCGAAAAAGUAAAGAGAACUCCCGAUUCAGGGUGCAUAACAGAUUCGGGAUCAGAGACGCCUCAUGAUGAAGACGACUUUCAAUAUCCUUUACCGGUUAAAAAGCAACGGCUUACCUACUAAUAUACAAUGGGGCAGGAACCUCACAAUCAUAUGGUAAUUACACAAAAGAAAUGUGAAGCAAAGAUGUACACUGAUUAAUUUUCAAAACAACGCAUUUUUUCUGUUAUUUAUUAUGUUGUUUAUUUGAAUUAUAGAAUGUACAUAUUAUGAUAUUAUUUUGUUUUUCCUUCAGAAUAUUUGUAACAAGACAAAGAAUGUGUUUGUCACCAAUAAAGAUUGA